AUGAAGCAAGCCGAGAAACUCUAUCACGAUGUUAUGGUUGAUAGGAUUAUAACGCAAGAAAUGAUUGCAGAUUUACAAACAGACUCGUUUCAGGAUCUAGAGAAAUACAUGCAAUGUCUUGACAUUUCCAUCAUUCAGUUCCACACAGAGAAGAUGGCUGCCAUAAAUAGUAUUUUGGACGACUUGUGGCGGAAGGUUUACAAUGGAAGUGACAUACAGACAAUACGCAUCAAAUCUGAGUGCGUGACAUCUACAGAGAAACGCAAAGCAUACGACUAUAGAGUUGUGAUGAUAGUGAACGAUGGGGUAGAACUUGAUAUGAGGGAUCGAUGUAGCGCGGGACAAAAGAUGUUGGCGUGCAUACUGAUUCGUAUUGCUUUGGCUGAUGUUUUUGGUGGAAUGUGCUCGAUAAUUGCUCUCGAUGAGCCAACUACGAACCUAGACGCAAUAAAGAUGUUGGCCUGCAUACUGAUUCGUAUUGCUUUGGCUGAUGUUUUUGGUGGAAUGUGUUCGAUAAUUGCUCUCGAUGAGCCAACUACGAACCUAGACGCAAUAAAGGUACAUCACAUAGCUGCGAUGCUUAACAGUCUUGUUGCUGUGCGUAGAAGAGGCUAUUCUACGUCUGAUGGGCAAAAGAAGCCUUUUCAAAUGAUUAUAAUCACUCAUGAUGACCACCUUGUGGACAAGUUGAUGAUUGGAUCAAAGCCCGAGUUCAUCUAUGUGCUAGAGAAGGACUCUUAUGGGAUAUCGCAUGUGAAGCGACAAUUUUCGGACGGAGCAGAAUACGUUAUCAUUUUUAUAUCAACUUAUGCUACACAUCCAAAAACGAUCACUUUUAGACACUCAGAAGACGCAAACGGUCAUAUACAUGUUCGGCAUGGUCGGUAAUU